AUGAAGUUGCCCCUUGGUGCUGUUUUACGGGCAGGUCACGUCUACUGUUCAGCAACGUGUACAGCACUCUGCGCCUUCCGUCACUUCCCCAAUUUCAUGGCAUCCACUUAUACCCAUGCUUUUGAAGAAGUUGCACCAGCUGCGUCUACUUCUGGUAGACACACAAAGCCUCCCUACGAUGUCUUUAUUAAUCAUCGUGGCCCUGAUGUCAAACACACACUCGCAGCCGCUCUGUAUAAGACCCUCACUGGCAUUAGAUUGAGGGUUUUUCUUGAUUCUGAAGAGCUUCAACUGGGGAGUUUCUUGCCUAGAGAAAUAGAAGAAGCGAUGCGCAGUGCUUCGCUCCAUUUAGUUAUAUUUUCUCAGAAUUAUGCACAAUCGCCUUGGUGUUUGGCAGAGCUUUCAUUUAUGUUGAAAACGGGCGUCCAGAUUAUUCCCAUUUUCUACUAUAUUCAGCCAGAUGAAGUCCGAUAUGCAAAAGGAGUCUAUGCUGAAGCACUUGACCGGCACAAAAAGAAGGGUAGAUAUAGCUUAAGAAAACUUGAGGAGUGGAAGAAUGCGCUCAACAAUGUUUCCUACAAUGUUGGCCACAUCAUUAGUAACAAAGAUGACGAGGAGAGCCUGCUAAAGAAUAUUCUCAACUGUGUUUUGAGAGUAAUAAAAAAUGUGCCUUUUGUGGUUGCCAAACAUCCAGUUGGUCUAGAAGAAGCUGUCUUAGACUUUGAAAGAACAACACUUCAAUCUGCAGAAAGCUAUUGCAAUGCCCAAAUUGUUGGAAUUUGGGGCAUGGGUGGUUCCGGUAAAACCACUCUUGCUAAACAGUUAUAUAACAAUAAAUAUAGAGCUAUGGAAAGUUCUAGUUUUUUGCUAGAAGUAAAAAAUGCUUCUUCUAGAAAUCUAUUGCAUGAAAAACAGAAAAAACUUAUGGAGGACCUUGGUCUUCCUUAUGUAUUUGUUGAGAAUAUAGAAGAAGGGAAGGGGGUACUUGCAAGCCGUUUAAGAUCUGUUCAGGCUCUCAUUGUUCUUGAUGAUGUGGACACUAUAGAUCAAUUAGAUGCACUAGUGCCUGAGAAGGAUAGUCUUGGACGAGGUAGCCUGAUUGUAGUGACAACACGAGAACGUGAAGUUCUUCAAGGUUGGGGUAUCUCGUCCAUUUACAAAAUGAAACCAUUAGAUUCACCCCAUGCCAAGCAGCUCUUUUGUUGGCAUGCAUUCUUGCAGCCUUCUCCACUGCCUGAGUUUGAGGAUUUGGUCGAAAAUUUCCUAAGUGCUUGUAAUGGAUUACCAUUAUCUCUAAAGAUUUUUGGAGCACAGCUAUAUUGUAAUUUCAGCAAAGAUUAUUGGAAGUCUCAAUUGCAUAAAAUUUCUAGAAUACUAGAUAAAAAUAUUAAGAAGAAACUUAAAGUAAGUUAUGAUGCUUUAGAUGAAGAAGAGAAGCAGAUAUUUUUAGAUAGUGCUUGUUUCUUCAUUGGAGAGAAGAAAAGUUGGGCCAUUGCAGUUUGGGAUGGAUCAGGAUGGAGUGGUCUGCACAGUUGGGAAAGACUUUUGAAUAAAUGUCUAAUUGAACUUGAUGAUCGGGAUUGUAUAAAAAUGCAUGAUCACUUUAGAGAUUUAGGAAGAGAAAUUGCAAAUAAAAAAUUGCCCUACCGUCUCUCAUCACCCCAGCAGAUUGUUAAUAUUGAUAAUGCAGCACAGAGACUUUGCAUUCGAGGAAUAAUGGCCACAACAGCUGAAUCCACAAGUGGAGUUGUGUUCCCUCGGUGUUCCCAAGGCGGAAAGCUUAUAGUUAACACAAGCAAAGGAGACUAUAGCCUCACACCCAAUUCGCUUGGAUUAAAAAUUUUGCAGGUCAGAGGAAAUUAUUUUAAUCAAGUAAUUGGCGAUAAAUCCAGAGAUCUGGUAUGGCUUCGCUGGUUUGACCAUGGGCAGAGAAAUCUUCACUCCUUAAGUUUAUUGAAAAAUUUGAGGGUUUUAGAACUCAAUGAAGAAGGGAAUCCUGAAAAACACUUAGAAGAACUGUGGGAGACUGAUAGCGAGGGUCCUGUGCAGUUAAGAGAGCUGUUUAUUCAUGGCAGUCCCAAAUUCCGGAGAUUUCCGAAGUCAAUAGGACGUCUCAUUUAUUUGAAAAAAAUAGUCUUGUCAUGUGGGACAAAGAUGAAGAGCCUACCGGAAAGCUUUUGCCGUCUCCGAUCCCUUGAGCAGCUGGAGUUAUGUUGGUGUUUGGAGCUAUCGUCAUUGCCGAGCAGUUUUGGCAAUUUGAGAAACUUAAGACAUCUAGAUUUGUCCUAUUGCAAGAAAUUAAGGGUGCUGCCAGACUCCUUCAAUAAGCUAACACUCCUCCAACACCUCUGCUUAGAGGAAUGUUCUGAACUUGUCUUAGAGUUGGGCCUCCUUGAAAAGAUGACAAAGGUUGAGUAUCUGAAUCUUCUUGGGUGCAAGGAAUUGAAAGUGUUGCCUCAUCACCUCACAAAUCAGACCUCCUUGAGAGAGCUCGAUUUACGUCGUACCAGCAUAAGGGAGAUACCAAUGAACAUCAGUCAGCCGAGCAAGUUACAAAAGUUUUAUGUGGGGAAUAAGUUGUUGACAAGCCUGCCGACAACUCUUGGAGAUUUGUCCUCCUUGACUGCUCUUACAAUUGAAGGUUGUUCUGGGCUGGAAUUUUUACCAGAGUCUGUGGGGCGCCUAAGUCUCUUAGAGACUUUAAAAAUUUGGGAUUCGGGACUGGAAUCCUUACCAAAAUCACUUAGGCAACUGAACAAUUUGCAAACACUUGAAAUAAGUGGAUGCCCAAUCAGCAAUUUGGAUCUCAUUUGUUUGCCGAGGGAGCUGGAUCUUAAUUCCAAACCCACGGUUUCAUUGUGCAACCUUAAGCAUAUAGAUCUAUUUUCAACUAAAGUGUGCAAGAUUUCUUUCUCUGAAGACUGUUGUCCGGCCCUUGAAACUCUCAAACUUCAAAUUAAUGAACAUCUGACGGAGAUAGACGUCCUUCCAACUACAAUCAAGGAAUUAGAGUUGUUUAGUUGUAAAAUGAUGAUGAACAUCAGUGGUAUUGCUGGUCUAGUAAAUAUUCAAAUUCUGAUAAUAAGCAACUGCCCCAAGUUGGAUGCGCUUCCUAGUUUUGCACAAUUUGCUUCUCUCAAGAGGUUUGAACUCAGAGGUUGCUACGGAGUCAAGAAAAUACAAGGUCUGGAACAUUGCAGAGCAGUGGAGAUGCUGAAAGUAGAUACGAUGUGGGAGGAGGCGGGCAUAGAAAGUUUGGAGCGCAUGGAAAGAUUGAGGUCGCUGCAUCUCAGGGUACUGAGCAGAUCAGCUAUUGAAGGUUGCAUUCAAAGCAUGCAGAAAUGGCCAGAAGAUAUGAAAGUGUAUUGGCCAGAAGUGCAAGUGGAGAGAGCAUUGACUAAUAAUCUGUACCGUCUCAUUAACAAUAUUAUUAGUUCCUGCCGACAGGCAGGAUACUAA